AAUCUCCUCAAUUAUAUAUAAUCAGUUUUCUACUGAUCAAUUUGUUGAAAUUGUUCUCCUAUAGUGCUGGAAUUUGGGAAAUUGUAUGUAGCGCUUGGAUGAAUUCUUAUGCAUAAUUGUGCAAAUUAUUUAACUAGGUGUGGCUUAAUUGGCGUAGUUGGGGAUCCAUGCUAUUUACAUGUACAACUACUUAGAAUGUUUACAUAUAAUUAACCCAUCAUAUCUCUUGUUAAAAGAAAAAAGAAAAAUUCUAGAACUGUGGGAUAAAUACAUUUAAAUGUGAUCUAAAAUUGGGAUAAUUCCAGUCAUAUUUAUUUAAUAGAGAUUUGUUGAAUAUGAUGUUUGUUACUAACUAAUAACUCAUCUUGGAGCAACUGCUUUGAUUUUUAAAUAUUUUUCACAUUGAUUAGUCAUUGGAACCUUCAUCUUUUAAUCUUGCACUUAUGUAACCUGUCUAUUAAGUGCAUGUUUCUAGGGAUAUAUGUUCAUCUGUCUAAUGAUGACUGUUAGAGAUAUAAUCAUGUUACUUUCUUCUAUCAGCUUAAACUUUUGGGAUGAGUUUGAUGAUAUGGUAUUAGAGCUCUAUAUCUGAAAGGUCUAGUGUUCGAUUUUUGGUGAACCCCAAAUGUGGAAAAAAUAUAAUAAGGCAAAUAAAAAAAUAUAAUAAGGCAAAUAAAAGAAAAAAAAAAAAAAGAAGGCCUAAGCAAAAAAUAAGCAAAUCCAAAAGAGGCUCUUGCUUGAGGGAGAGUGUUAGAAAUAUAACCAUUCAUGUUGGCUUUUCCUAUCAGUUUACGCUUUUGGGAUGAGUGAUUUCAUGAUAAUGACUUAUGGAUCUUGGAUUGUAAAUAGGCCAUUACUUCUUUCUUGCAUUUUCCAUUAUUUCUAAACUUCCUAACAUAAUUUUACAAUAUUUUGAAUUUUUGACUGCAGUUAAAUUGGCUUGUUGGCUUUAGACUUUUUAUUCAUAGUAUUUUUUUCAAAUUUCUAAACAGUAGGAUCAUUUCCUAACUUGUUGAAGCACAACUCUUACUUAUGAUACAAUUGGUCAUAUAAUGUUUAAGCUGCUAAUACCAUGGCUCUCUUAAAAUUUUGGGUGUAAUCAUUGAUGCAUGACCAACUUUUGGAGAUAGAUAGUAAUUUUGCUUUAUAUGCCAAGCACCACAAUACAUAAUCUAGGGCAUUAUUGAUCCACUUAAAUGGUUCAGAUUGACUAAGAUAGAGUGUUCUACGAUUAAGUUAAUGAGAAAUUCUCAAAGAAAUUUAGUAAGAUCUCACAGAUUUAUUCCAUAUGGGAACUUUGUAUUUUUAUGGAACAGUUGGCAAUGAUUUAGAUAUUUUCAAAUUCUUAUUCAUAACUUCUUCUCCUUUCAUUCAUUCGUUCUUUCUUUCUUUCUUUUUUAUCUUCUUGUUUUUUUUUGAAGUAUGUGGAAUUUGGAGAAGUCAAUAAACCUCAUUAUCUGCCCAAUACAAACCUCCAUUAACAUAUGCAUUGAUGCAUCAUCCAAAAUUAGUGGCGUAUAUUAACAAUUAGAUUAAGCAUGACGUGUGGAUUUGUGUUCUUCGUUGCUUUAUAAUCCAAAUUAAAUAGAAUAUUGCAUGAGAAGUCCCCUAGCAUUCGCAGCCAAUAAGCGUAAGCACGACCCUUGAACAUGGAUUAAUAUGUAUUUCUACUUUGGAUUAAAUAUGAAUCAGUCAUUAAACUUAAAGAGUGUCUUUGUUUUAUACUCCACCUAAAUCCUCUUUACAGUAAGUACAGUUACAGUACUAGUAAAAGGAUAGUUUGUAUAUGGGGGUCUUGAAAAUGUGCUGCUGUGAAAUGAGUUUUGGUUUCAAGUCUCUUAAUUGAUUAAUGUGUCUGAAGGAACAUAUUCAAGAGUCUUCAUUUUUGGAUAUUUAUGACACUAUAAUAAUACCCAUAAAGUUUGCUGAGGAAAUAAAACAACUCAACACAUUCAUUAAGUAACAGAGAUUAACAGACAGAAACUACCGAUCAUCUAUAGUGGGGCAAUCCUUGAUAUGAGAAUAUUUAAUCCGGAAGUUAAAGAAUAUGAGAAUACUUUGAAGUUUGAAGCAUGAAGAACCAUUUCAAUGGUAUCAAUCUCUUGCUCAUUCGACUUUGGUGGAAUUCUUCAAAGCCUAACAACCCAAACAUUGAAGCACAACUCUAGUUUCUUGGGAUUAACUUCCUUGAGUAAUGAGUAUAUAAAUUUUCUCAUCCAUUUCUGUGGCUAAUUAUCUUUGGAUUCUCACUGAUUGAUAUUCACAGAGCAAUUUGAGUUCUGUGUUGGCAUUGCAUGUUUGAUGGAGGAAGAAUAGUGUAUAAAUAGAGAUAUAAUAGAUGAGAAACAUGGAUUGGCUGGACAAUUUGAAUUUUCGAAAUUGGUUGCUGAAAUAAUUGCUUUUGGAUUAAUAUUCAACAAUUGAGGAGAACCUAAGCUACCCUAUGUCUCCGAUAUCUGCUCCCUAAGAUUUAAUGAGGCAUGCAUAUUUGAAUAGUAUUUGCCUUCUUUGCUUAAAACUUUCAAAAAGGUUGUAUCCUGCACCCUUGCUUCCUCCCAUUCAAAGUGUUCAAUGUUCAUUUACUCAUGCUGCUACACGUCAUCUCAAAGCAUGCAUGCAUGUUGCACUAUGAUGCUGCAGAGAACAUCAAUCCCACAUAGAUGAAGCAUCAGACUUAGCAUCCAUGAAGUUGAAAUGCAGUGGUCAUAUAACACUUGGACAAAAAGGAGAUGGUGGCACCUAUGGAGGAGGAGGAGAAUUCAUCAAGCAGGAGGAGGAGUGAAUCUAAAGAUGAGAUCCCCUUAUCUGAGCUGCUAGAUUUGGAAAUUAGAUGGCCAAGUGAGGCAGAGAGAACUCUGUCUAGUAAUUCAGAUUCGGAAGCAUUCCAGGGGAAGAGUUCGUUGAGUUUGGCUGGAGUUGAUCUUGAUGGUUUUUUCGAUCACAGGGAAUCCGAUUCAAAUGCGUCUGGACAGACAAUGGCUUUCGGAGAUCAAGUGGGUGAUACUGCUUCUUAUAGUGCCAUCCAAGCUGGUGAAAAUCUUAGUUUGUUUCAGAAUGUCCAAGCUUCAGAAUUGGCUACACCUACAAGGUCUAUGGAAGAUCAGAGUGAUGAUUCCUUUUCUGGUUGGGCGGCCAACUUUAGAUCCGCUAGUUCUGGUCCAGUUAAUGAAGAGCCCGAGUCAUCAUUUGGUCAUUCUAAAGUUCAAGAUACAGUAUCUGGAUCCUCGAAAGAUGAUUUCAAUCAUUCAGUGUCCAAAGGAAAUGAUUGGUUUCAGGUUGAUGGAUGGAGAACUUCUAACCUAGAGGUACCUAACCAGAGCGGCAAACCAGAGCUGAAUGUGGAUUUUAAUGAUACCAAAACAGCAGAAAGCGCUACCAGUUCCUCUACCAGAAAUUUGGACUGGAUGCAAGAUGACCAAUGGCAAAGGAAUGAUAAUAAAACAACUGCUGCUGUUGUUACUGAGGCGGUUGAAUAUUCAUUUGAUGGAUGGAAUGAUUUUACUGGCUCAGCUAGAGCUAGUGCACAAGAUCCUUCAAGUAUUAUUUCCAGAUCAAAUAUAACUGAGCAGGUUGGAAAAUCUGAAAUUACCGCUGAUAACAACAAUACCAAAGCAGAAGGUAAUAGCUCUUCUAUUGAAGAUUUCAGCUGGAUGCAAGAUGGCAUAUGGCCAGGUAGCAAUAACAAGACAACUGAUACCAAGAGUACUAAUAACGUUGAGGAUUCAUUUGAUGACUGGAAUGAUUUCAGUGGAUCAGCCAGUGCACAAUAUUUGCCCAGUAAUCUCUCCAACUCCAAGAUAACAGGUGAGUCUGGCAAAUCCGAACUUGCCAAGAAUAAUGAUGAUAAAAGAAUAGCAGGAGGUGAUAGUGGCUCAUCUAGAAAUUUUGACUGGAUGCAAGAUGAUCAACAGCUGGUUAGCAAUAACCAGGCUUCUGACGUAGUGACUACUAAUGAAGAUGCUGAUUCAUUUGAUAAUUGGAAUGAUUUGACUGGCUCCCCUGUUACACAAAAUCCUUCCAAUAGUGUUUUGUAUUCUGAGACAAACAUUCUAGCUGGGAAAUCUGAGACUUCUGUUGAUGCUCACCAAACCAAAACAGAGGUAGGUAAUAGCUCUUCUAUUGAAGAUUUCAACUGGAUGCAAGAUGACGGAUGGCCAAGUGGCAAUAACAAGACAACUGAUGCCAAGGGUACUAAUGAAGAUGCUGAUUCAUUUGAUGACUGGAAUGAUUUCGCUGGAUUAGCCAAUGCACAACAUUUGUCCAGUAAUCUCUCCAACUCCAGGAUAACAGGUGAGUCUGGCAAAUCCGAACUUGCCAAGAAUAAUGAUGAUAAAAGAAUAGCAGGGGAUGAUAGUGGCUCACCUAGAAAUUUUGACUGGAUGCAAGCCAAUCAAUGGCAGGGGAGUAAUGACCAAGCUUCUGGUAUUGCGACCACUAAUGAGGGUGCUGAUUCAUUUGAUGAUUGGAAUGAUUUUACUGGAUCCCCUGUUACACAAAAUCCUUCCGGUAGUGUUUCUUAUUCUGAGAUAAAUGUUCUAGCUGGGAAAUCUGGGACUUCUGCUGACUGUCAUCAAACUAAAACAGAAGUAGGUAAUAGCUCUUCUAUUGAAGAUUUCAGCUGGAUGCAAGAUGAAGGAUGGCCAGGUAGCAAUAACAAGACAACUAAUACCAAGGGUGCUAAUGAAGAUGCUGAUUCAUUUGAUGACUGGAAUGAUUUCACUGGAUCAGCCAAUGCCCAAAAUUUGUCCAGUAACCUCUCCAACUCUGAGAUAAAGGGUGAGACUGGCAAAUCUGACUUUGCCAUGGAUAAUGAUGAUAAAAAGAUAUCAGAAGGUGCUAGUGGUGCAUCUAGAAAUUUUGACUGGAUGAAUGAUGAUCAAUGGCAGGGGAGCAAUAACCAGGCUUCUGGUAUUGUGACUACUAAUGAUGAUGCUGAUUCAGCUGAUGAUUGGAAUGAAUUUACUGGAUCCUCUCUUGCACAAAACCCUUCUAAUAGUGUUUCGUAUUCCGAGAUAAAUGCUCUUGCUGGGAAAUCUGAGACUUCUGCUGAUUCUCAUCAAACCAAAACGGAGGUAGGUAAUAGCUCUUCUAUUGAUGAUUUCAGCUGGAUGCAAGAUGGAGGAUGGCCAGAUAGCCAUAACAAGACAACUGACACGAAGGGUGCUAAUGAAGAUGCUGAUUCAUUUGAUGACUGGAAUGAUUUCACUGGAUCAGCCAAUGCACAAAUUUCAUCAAGUAAUCCCUCCAACUCUGAGACAACUGGCAAGACUGGCAAAUCUGAGUUUGCAAUGGAUAGUGAUGAUAAAAGAAUAGCAGUUGGUGCUAGUGGCUCAUCAAGUUUUGACUGGAUGAAAGAUGAUCAAUGGAAGGGGAGCCAUAACCAGGCUUCUGGUAUUGCAACCUCUAAUGAGGGUGCUGAUUCAUUUGAUGAUUGGAAUGAUUUUACUGGAUCCACUGUUACACAAAAUCCUUCCAGUAGUGUUUCAUAUUCUGAGAUAAAUGUUCUAGCUGGGAAAUCUGAGACUUCUGCUGAUUGUCAUCAAACUAAAACAGAAGUAGGUAAUAGCUCUUCUAUUGAAGAUUUCAGCUGGAUGCAAGAUGAAGGAUGGCCAGGUAAAAAUAACAAGACAACUGAUACCAAGGGUGCUAAUGAAGAUGCUGAUUCAUUUGAUGACUGGAAUGAUUUCAUUGGAUCAGCCAAUGCACAAUAUUCCUCUAAAAAUAUUGACUGGAAACAAGAUAAUCAAUGGCAGGGGAGCCAAAACCAGGCUUCUGGUAUUUUGACUGCUGAUGAAGGUGCUGAUUCAUUUGAUGAUUGGAAUGAUUUUACCGGCUCCUCUGUUACACAACAUCCUUCUAGUAAUGCUUCAUAUUCUGGGCAAUCUGUGGCUUCUGAUUUUCAUCAAACCAAAAAACAAGUUGGUGCUAAUAGUUCAGUUCAACUUCAAAGUUUUGAUUGGAUGCAAAAUGACCUAUGCCCAGUUAGCCAAAAAAAAUCAAAUGAUCCCAAAACUACUAAUGUAGUUUCUGAUUCAUUUGAUGAUAUUUGGAAUGGCUUCAAACAAAAGGCCACUACACGAGAUUCUUCCGGCACUAUUUCAAUACCAGUUCAGACUUCUUCUGAGCAAAGUUCUGUCUUGAAUUUGUUCAGCUCCUCAAACAAAUCACAUAGUGUGAAUUUUUAGGACGUUUUAGCAGCCCACAGAGUACUACUAGUACACAAUCUGAAGCUGCUUCUACAAACAGCCUACAAACCUACAUGUUGAUCUUUCAUACCGAAAAGUAGAAAUUUAUCCAAUAUGUUGCAUGUCCAGGCUGGCUGAUGUGGAUACCAAGCGAUGAGACUCGAGAGAAGUUUCCACUGCACAAGUAGGGUCAAAAGGUAAUGAUGUGGAAAUGUUAAUAUCUCUCAGAUGCGUGAUCUUUCCUUUUUGCUUGAGAGCAGUCUUAGAGUUUCCCAAAAGUAAGAUGGACAUUCAUUUUUCUUAUUGAUUUCCAGUCAUUCUUCACAUGUAAGUUUAACUUUUUAUUCUUGAGCACGGGCCUAUAUUCUCUGUGUUCUUGGAUGAAUGGGUGGAGGGUGACUUUGAUCUAGUGUUGUGAUUCCACCCUCCUGAAUCCGUCUUUUAUUGUAAACCGCGUAUGGUGGUAUUGUGUUGUUUUAUAGAAUGCGACCACUAUACAUUCGAAGCUAGCUUUUCUGAGGAAGAUUAUGUGUAUUAUAAUUUUUGUGUUGCUGUUGAGGAGUUUCAGACAUUAUUCACACCACUGGCAAUUAAUCUUCAUUGGAUUCUUCAGUCUUCA